AAAUAGGAGGGGAAUUCCCUCUCAUCUCACUCAGCAACCUGCGCCUUACUACUAAGUGGAAACACAUUGAUCAACGGAAGGCGUUCGCUGUGGAACUGCAAAUAGCAAAUAUACUUCCGACCGCCUUCUCUGUGAAAUCCGAGUUUUGGGUGGACUUUAAAUUCAGCGUGGCCUAUAUGUCUGAUGUCCUCACGACGAUUCAAGAAGGGGAGGUGUAUCGUUUAAUGCCGGGAGAUCAAGUCAUCGUCAAAAUUUGGGUGACGGCUCGACGGCCGACCGACGAGGGAGAUCUUCGUAGAUCACUCGCCAACACACCUGGUACACUGCGCUUAAAGGGUUCAGAUGGGCGAACGAUUUAUGAAAAACACGUCCUACAUUUGAAGGGUGAUGGUGAAGAGGAAGUUGAUCCUCUUCUGAGAGACGUACCCCAGUGGUGGGAGGAGGCUAAACUAGGUAUAUUUAUGCAUUGGGGCAUAUAUGCUGUCCCAGGGUGGGCGCCUCCUGGACCUUAUGCGGAAUGGUACUGGUACCAUCAACACCACGAAGACUAUGAUUCCUGGUCUUUCUGGACGCACCACUUGAAUACUUAUGGAAAGGAUUUUGUAUAUGAUGAUUUCAUACCGCAAGUUGGCUCGAAAUUCAAUGCGAGCGAAAUUGUCAGAAUCGUUGCCGCCAGCGGUGCCAAGUACUUCAUCCCGACCACAAUGCAUCAUGAUGGAUUCUGCAUUUUUGAUUCAAAAAACGCGACGCGCCGUAGCAGCGUUCAUCUAGGCCCUCAGAGGGAUUUCUUGGGAGAGCUCUUCGAUGCGGCAAAGAAGGAACAGCCGCACCUUAGGAGAGGAACGUAUUUCUCAAUGGUUGAGUGGUACAAUCCUAACGUCGGAGAUGGUGGGUACGGAUGGGGAACGUGGCCGGGAUGGCUUGCGCGAAACGCCUAUGAUACAUCGAAAGAGGAGCUGUACACUGGGGUACCUCUGGUGGAAGACUGGCUCCGCGACGAGCAACUUGCCAAGAUGAAGAUUUUGGCUGAAGAUUAUGAAACUGAGGUUAUGUGGUGCGACAUCGGGGGCCCCAACAUGACAAGAGAAUUCCUCGAAGACUGGUUGCCUUUUGCUGAUAAGAAGAAUCUCCAAGUCGCCAUGAACAAUCGUUGUGGAACACGUCCACAGUUUGAUACACCAGAGUAUACGAAAUUCUCUUCCAUUCAGUAUUCCAAAUGGGAAUCAACCGAAUCAGUCGAUCCCCACUCAUUUGGAUACAACCGAUUGACUGCCCCGCAUGACUACCGCAGCGCAUAUUAUCUCAUUCAUACUCUUGUUGACAUUGUCUCUAAGAACGGCAAUUAUUUGCUUAACAUUGGCCCCGAUGGGGAUGGUGUGGUUCCACCUCCAGUUGUUGGGCGAUUGCUCGAGAUGGGUCAUUGGUUGGGACAUUCCGGAGGGUGCAUAUAUGGGACGCAAACCUUUUAUCCAGGGGCAGAGUUCAAGGCGCUGCGAUUCACUCGCACACCCACAACCUUCUGCAUCAUCUCCCUUCAUCGACCUCAGGAUGAGGUGGUUAUUAUUAAUACGCACAUACCCCUUCUUGAGAAUGACACCAUCAGCUUGCUCGGGGCCGGAGACGUUGGUAAGAGCCUCCAGUGGGCAAACCUUGGCGGCACGUACAUCAUCAAAGUACCAGAAGUGGCCCUCAACAAGGUCAAUUAUGCUUGGGCAUUUCAAGUCGAGUAUGCAAUGUGAUUUCUGGGAACCUGUUUGCGUCAACAAAAUUUCGAAAGCACACUGUGGAAACAGAUUGUUCAAGUACUAUCACAAAUCAAUGCUUAAUUAUUCUCCCCAGGCGCUUAUUCUGGAUGAAAACUUAUAGUUUAUCGACGUCAGCAGCUUUGCAGCGAUCGUCAAGGUCCCAAAACC